GCCCCCCACGCUAUCUUGUAGACACAUUUUUGUCUUGCUUGGCAAGCUAACCAGAUCUUUCCCCCAAUGCUCAACACCAAAUUACAAUCAGAUAUAGCUAGCUGACGUUACAUGUGAUUCUGUAAUUUCAAACUAUCUUAGCUAUGUUGAUGGUUUGCUAAGCAAGUGUAUAUUUUGGGCACAUUUGGAAUACAAUGCCAUCUUCGAUGGAAGGAUCUUCUAGAGAAGGUGACCUGUUUACUGUGAAACAUGAGCUGAAAAAUGCCAACCUGACCGGCCACAUAGAGAGGGUGGGCAUCGAGAACUUUGAGCUGCUAAAGGUGCUGGGAACUGGAGCCUAUGGCAAGGUGUUCCUGGUGCGCAAAGUGAGCGGUCACAAUGCAGGGCAACUAUACGCCAUGAAGGUGUUGAAGAAGGCCACAAUAAUACAGAAGGCCAAGACAGCAGAGCACACACGCACAGAGAGACAGGUUCUGGAACACAUCAGGCAGUCACCGUUCCUCGUUACCCUCCACUACGCCUUCCAGACGGACACCAAGCUGCACCUCAUUCUAGAUUAUGUGAACGGUGGGGAGCUCUUCACACACCUGGUGCAGAGGGUUCGGUUCAAGGAGCAGGAGGUAGCUUUGUACAGUGGAGAGAUGGUGCUGGCACUGGAGCACCUACACCAGCUGGGGAUAGUCUACAGAGACCUGAAGCUGGAGAACAUCCUCAUGGACUCCAGCGGGCACAUAGUGCUCACAGACUUUGGCCUGAGCAAAGAGUUUGAUGAGUUGGAGAGGGCUUACUCUGUCUGUGGGACCAUUGAGUACAUGGCCCCAGAGAUCGCAGUGGGAGGAGAGGCUGGACAUGACAUGGCAGUAGACUGGUGGAGCCUUGGGGUAUUGAUGUAUGAACUUAUGACAGGCGGAUCACCAUUCACCGUCGAUGGAGACGACAACUCUCACACAGAUAUUGCCAAGAGGAUCUCAAAGAAGGACCCUCCGUUCCCCAAAGACAUGGGCCCUCUGGCCAAAGACCUCAUCCAGGGCCUCCUCAUCAAAGACCCAAAGAAGAGACUGGGCUCUGGGCCUGACGGAGCAGAAAACGUUAAGAAACAUCCAUUCUACCAGAAGAUUAACUGGGAGGACUUAGCAGCUAAGAGGGUGCCCGCCCCGUUCAAGCCGGUGAUCAGGGAUGAGCUAGAUGUCAGCAACUUUGCGGAGGAGUUCACUGAAAUGGACCCCACCUACUCCCCUGCAGCUCUGCCCCAGAACUGUGACCGCAUCUUUCAGGGCUACUCAUUCAUGGCCCCCUCCAUCCUGUUCAAGUGGAACGCUGUAAUGGAUGACACACUACAGCUGUGUGGAGGAUCAGGGUCACAGAGGCCGGGGUCUGCUGCUGUGGCCCGCAGCGCCAUGAUGAAGGACUCUCCGUUCUAUAUGAACUAUGAGAUGAACCUGAAGGACAAUCCUCUGGGCGAGGGCAGCUUCUCCAUCUGUAGACAGUGCACCCACAAGAAGACUGGCCAGAAGUACGCUGUGAAAAUCGUCAGCAAGAGGAUGGAGGCCCAGACACAGAAAGAGAUUGCAGCUCUGAAGCUCUGCGACGGCCACCCCAACAUCGUCAAGACUCACGAGAUUUACCAUGAUCAGCUGCAUACGUACCUGGUGUUGGAGCUGCUGCGUGGCGGAGAGCUGCUGGAGAGGAUACGGAGGAAGCAGCACUUCAGUGAGACUGAGGCCAGCCGCAUCAUGAGGAGACUGGUGUCAGCCGUCAGCCACAUGCACGAUGUAGGAGUGGUGCACAGGGACCUCAAGCCAGAGAACUUGCUGUUCACAGACGAGAGUGAGAACUCUGAGAUAAAGAUCAUAGACUUUGGCUUCGCCCGGCUGAAGCCCCCAGACAACCAGCUGCUGAAGACGCCGUGUUUCACCCUGGCCUACGCUGCGCCGGAGAUCCUCAAAUACGACGGCUACGACGAGUCAUGUGACCUCUGGAGCCUGGGCGUCAUCCUGUACACCAUGCUGUCGGGUCAGGUGCCAUUCCAGUGUCAGGGGAAGAGUUUGACCCACACCAGCGCUGAAGAGAUCAUGAGGAAGAUUAAACAGGGAGACUUCUCCUUCGAGGGCGAGGCCUGGAGGAGUGUCUCGCAGCAGGCCAAGGACCUUAUACAAGAGCUGCUGACAGUGGACCCUGACAAGCGGAUCAAGAUGUGUGGUCUGAGGUACAACGCCUGGCUCCAAGACGACAGCCAGCUCUCCUCCAACCCUCUGAUGACACCAGACAUCCUGGGCUCCUCCACCACCGUGUCCGUACACACCUACGUCAAGGCUACCUUCAACGCGUUCAACAAGUGUAAGCGGGAGGGUUUCCGUCUGCAGACGGUGGACAAGGCCCCGCUGGCCAAGAGGAGGAAGAUGAAGAAGACCAGCACCAGCACAGAGACCAGGAGCAGCUCCGGUGAGAGCACCCACUCCUCUUCCUCUUCCUCCCAGUCCCACCAGGACACCCACUCCUCUUCCUCCUCCUCCCAGACCCACCCGGACACCCACUCCUCCUCCUCCUCCCAGACCCACCCGGACACCCACUCCUCUUCCUCCCAGACCCACCAGGUGAAGACUGGUGGAGACCCCAACCCUCCACCCCAGCCCUCCAACACCACCCCUGUCACGACACCCCUCGCCCUGGGCUCAGACAGCGACCCUGCCCCGGAACGCCCGCGCCCUCCAGCCUUCCACUUCUCACAAUGAGAGACAGGCGGUGUAUUAAAAGGGGAUCAGCCUGAGCACGGCUGAUUCGCUAAUCUUAAUUUGUAGGUCAGUCUUUCUGUGCGGUCACAUGCGGUCGAUCUCAAAACACGCACUGAGCGAGCGAGGGGAAAGAAGGCAGGGAGAAGGCCUGAGUCGUCAGAAAGAUGGCUGGACGGACGGCAGGGAGAACCCUCUAUUGUUCUAUCCCUCUCUUGCUCUCCUUCCAUGGCAGCUCGCAGUCAAUCAGUCACACGCAUGGACAGCAAGCGCACGCACACCUCCAAAACCGAGCAUGCAGCGGGAACAGGAACCACCUCUCGGUCAUUGCUAGCAGUAGACACACGCCAAAUGAUAAGGGCUGCUCUAUGGAUUCAGGACUAGACAGCGGCGAGAACCCUCUACAACCACAACUCUGUUUCAGUCAUGUCUUUUUGUUGGUUAGUUUGUCAGUUUAGUAGAUGGUCGUCCUGGUUGUGUUUCUUGGUCUCUUUUUAUACUGGUAUGUUGCGUUAUUGUAAAAAUGGACCGCUAAGCAACAAGUACUGCAGCUUCUCACAUUGGGGUGAACCUCUAGUUUUUAAAGCGGAGCACAUAUAUUUUGCAGGAUUUUAUGUAUGACAAUAAUGCAGACCGAAAUUCUUUCUUCUUUUUGUGUGAACUUAUUAAUGGUUCACAGCUGUUUAUGAUAGAUGGAAAUGCUCAGACCACCAACCUGAGAUCUAGACCCAGUGUCACCUCAUUGCAAAACGUUUCAAUGGCAGGUUGAUGUUAUGUUUCAGGCCUAGUCAGUGUUUUGUUGUGGACGACAAAUAGUAGGGUAGGAUCCUCAUAUACAUCAACUUGUCUUGAAGGUGGCAGGGGAGUUACAAGUACUGUGCCAAAAACCUCUGCCUUUUCUACAUUAGAUUCUGUCUGUGUCUGUGUCUGUCUCUCUGUCUGUGUCUGUCUCUCUGUCUGUGUCUGUGUCUCUGUCUCUCUGUCUGUGUCUCUGUCUCUAAAGUUUUA